AGGAAGGGCCUAGGCCCAGGCCUGGUGUGUGGGCGCUAGCAGGCGCCUGGGCUUUACCACUGACGUGCCCUCUGCCGCAGCUUCGCCUGCUUCACGUCCUAGUUGGGGUAGGCACGGGGAAGGCUUGUCGGAGCCAUGGAGGACGAGGUGGUUCGCAUUGCCAAGAAGAUGGACAAGAUGGUGCAGAAAAAGAACGCGUCCACAAGAAUUGGAAUGUCAGUUAAUGCUAUUCGCAAGCAAAGUACAGAUGAAGAAGUUACAUCUUUAGCAAAGUCUCUCAUCAAAUCAUGGAAAAAGUUAUUAGAUGGGCCAUCAACUGAUAAAGACUCUGAAGAAAAGAAAAAAGAAUCUGCGAUUACAUCACAAAAUAGUCCUGAAGCAAGAGAAGAAAGUAGCUCCAGUGGCAACGUAAGCAGCAGAAAGGAUGAGACAAAUCCUCGAGACACUUACGUUUCUUCUUUUCCUCGGGCACCAAGCACUUCUGAUUCUGUACGAUUAAAGUGUAGGGAGAUGCUUGCUGCAGCUCUUCGAACAGGAGAUGACUACAUUGCUAUUGGAGCUGAUGAGGAAGAAUUAGGAUCUCAGAUUGAGGAAGCUAUAUAUCAAGAAAUAAGGAAUACAGACAUGAAAUACAAAAAUAGAGUGCGAAGUAGGAUAUCAAAUCUAAAGGAUGCAAAGAAUCCAAAUUUAAGAAAAAACGUACUGUGUGGGAACAUUCCUCCUGACUUGUUUGCUAGAAUGACAGCAGAGGAAAUGGCUAGUGAUGAGCUCAAAGAGAUGCGGAAAAACCUGACCAAAGAAGCCAUCAGAGAGCAUCAAAUGGCCAAGACAGGUGGAACCCAGACUGACUUAUUCACAUGUGGCAAAUGCAAAAAGAAGAAUUGUACUUACACACAGGUACAAACCCGCAGUGCUGAUGAACCAAUGACAACAUUUGUUGUCUGUAAUGAAUGUGGAAAUCGAUGGAAGUUCUGUUGAGUUGGAAGAAUUGGCAAGAUAUCUGGACCAUUAAGAAAAUGAAUUUUGUAAUUAGCUUUAAAACUAGGCCAAGCAACUAAUUUCCCUGCAAAUCAAAUUUUUAAAGCAGCACACAUCUCUUUGGUUAGUCUUUUUUUUUUUUUUUUGACAUAACAUCCCCUUCUUAAAUGCCUUCUGUAGUUUCAGAUCAGUAGGGAGACCAUGUAAUAAUUGUAUGGUAUCUGUUUAAAAAAAAAAAAAAGAAAGUGUUCCUUUUUCUUUUCAUUUUUAUGAGUAAGUUGACAUUAA